UGUCAAGUUAACGUAGCGGGGGAUCUGCGUUACGGAGAGACCGCUCUAUUUGAAGGGAUUCACGCAUGUCUGGAUAUUAACCUCCCUUGUUAAUUUGAGGACUAUCUCGGAGGAAGACAGUGGAUGUUAUUGUGUUCGUGUUUUUGAACAUUUUGUACCAACUAAUACAGCAGAAGCGUCAACAUGUUGAGUAACACUGGAGUUUAUGCUGUCAAGAAGCGGAAGAAGCCCGUUCAAAAAACCAAGAAAACUCCUGCUCCAGAUGUGGUCAAGUCAAACCCAUCCAAACGCCACCGGGAUCGGUUGAACGGGGAGCUGGACAGGCUGACAGGCCUCCUACCAUUCCCUGAGGAUGUGCGCUCUCGCCUGGACAAACUCUCUGUGCUCCGCAUCAGCGUCGGCUACCUGAAGGUGAAGAGCUUCUUCAAAGCAACCAUGAAGAAAAGCAGUGUCCUGUUUCCUGGGGGGGGUGGCCUGAACAUGAAUGGGAUGAACACCCCAACCUUCUCCGAGGGGGACCUACUUCUCCAGGCUCUGAAUGGCUUUGUGCUGGUGGUCACAGCUGAGGGACAUGUGUUCUAUGCCUCUCCUACUAUCCAAGACUACCUGGGCUUCCAUCAGUCAGACGUGGUCCACCAGAGUGUGUUUGAGCUAAUCCACACAGACGACAGAGCCACGUUCAGACGACAGCUUCACUUUGCCCUCAACCCCAAGCCCUUUGACCCAGAGCAGGGAGGAGACGGCAUGGCGAGCAGCAGUGACAUCACCAGGAACAUCGUGACCUAUAACCCUGAGCAGCUCCCACCAGAGAACUCCUCCUUCCUGGAGAGGAACUUUGUGUGUCGCUUCCGCUGCCUCCUGGACAACUCCUCUGGCUUCCUGGCUCUGAACUUCCAGGGGCGUCUGAAGUUCCUCCAUGGCCAGAGCAUGCUGGGGGAUGACGGGACGCGCAGCCAGCCCAGGUUGGGCCUGUUCACCAUCGCCACCCCUGUCCACACCCCGUCCAUAUUGGAGAUCAGAACCAAGACAAUCUUCUUCCAGACCAAACACAAGCUUGACUUCACCCCCACAGGUGUCGAUGCCAGGGGGAAGGUUGUCCUGGGAUACUCAGAGAUUGAGUUGUGUAUGAGAGGCUCUGGGUAUCAGUUCAUCCACGCAGCUGAUAUGAUGUACUGUGCAGAUAACCAUGUCAGAAUGAUUAAGACAGGAGAGAGUGGUCUGACCACUUUCAGACUGCUGCAGAAGACAGGGUGCUGGGUCUGGGUCCAGGCCAAUGCCAGGCUUGUCUACAAAGGAGGAAGGCCCGACUUCAUCAUCGCACGCCAGAGAGCUUUACUUAAUUCUGAGGGAGAGGAGAAUCUACGCCAGAGGAAGAUGCAACUACCCUUCAGCUUCACCACCGGGGAGGCCCUGCUGUAUGAGACUGGCCCCACUCUGGAUGCCACUGAGUUCCAAACCAACCCCCCAAAAAUCUGCAAGGUGGAGUCUCUGGACCCCCAGUCUCUACUGGGCUCUUUACUAAAGCAGGAUGAGUCCAUCUACACCCAGCCCCAGGAGCCUCAGCUACCCAUAGACCAGGUAUUCAUGGACAGCCGAGCGCUCACCAACGUGGCUUGUAACUCCUGGCAGACUAGCAUGGAGCCCCAGGGGCCCGACGGGGAUGAUGAUGGUGAUAGCCCCAGGGAGGUCAAGCAGGAGGGGGCGUUGGUGGCCAUGAUCGAUGCCCUGGAGAGGAUGGCGCAGGAUGGGGACCUGUGUGCGGCACUGCAGGGAAUGGACGUGGGUACGGCGGAGCUGAUGGAGUGGGAGAGCACCCUCCUCAGGCUGAGCCAGGACUCCAAUGGGACCGGGAGCGGGGACACCUCGCUAGACCUGGAUGACAUCAUGACCAACGACAUCUUCUCUUACGUGGAGGAAGCCUUGUUCAAGGAGAGCAGUGAGGGGAGCGGUAACCAGCCCAACUGCUCCACCAUGAUCAACCACAACCCUAACCUGUUCACAGCGGUGCUUGACAACAACAACCAGGGUGGACCAUUCACAGGAGGGGUCAGCCCUACAGGUGCCGGACAGUGCAAGCCCGGGUUGCUUGACAAAUUCAGCUUUGUCCACAAUGGCUCCGCAGUGAAUGAUCUAAAUGGUAUCAGCCACAGUCAGGUAACAGGCAACAGAGCAGUUGGUUUGGCAGGACAGAACCAGGCAGGACAGAACCAGGCAGGACAGAUCCAGGCAGGACAGAACCAGGCAGGACCUCAGCAGGUGUUCAAGAGCACCCAGAGGCUCUCCCACUUCGGCCCCCAGAUCCCCCAGAUUCCUCAGACGGGCCUGAACAUCCCCAUCCUGCAGCAGCUACAGCUCAACGACAUCUUCACCCCCUCUCUGGAGCUCCCCGAGCUCAGUAACCCACAUAGCUCAGGCCAGAAUGAGUCUGUCACAUUUAGCACUAGCAUGUCUGGAUCCUGUGCUCAUGCACCAAACAACCACAUUGGAAGCCCUCAGAUCAUCGCUGGCCAGGUCCAAUCUAACCAGCCACCUCCACAGUGUUUCCCUCAUAAUGGCUUGCCAGCUGCAAUAGCACCAAACGGACCAGCGGAGAUCUCUGUUCCACAGUCCAACCAUCUACCACCUAUUCUGGUGGAUGCUUGGGCAUCUUUGAUUCCCAGUAAUGGCUUUGUUUCACCCCAGAUUGCCUGCAGUGCACCAUUUCAGUCACUAAAAACCCAGAAAGCGCCGCAGUGGCCCCAGAACCAGCAGCAUCAGCUACCACCCCCCGCCAGCACAAUGAAGAAUGGACACCAAUUCAUCCCAGACUGUCACAGUCAAGCCACAGAGACCCAAAGAGUCCCUCUCACAGGCCUUUGGCCACAGAACACCAACGGACUGUACCACCAACCCCAGCAGGGGCGAUUGGCCAACGGCCAGCCUGCUCCAACCGGCAGCUGCAUGUUUAAGAACGUCUCACCCCCCCUCCCCAACGGAAACAGUCACAUAGAUGGCACCAGGCUGCCCCCCCCCUUGUCUGUAUGCCAGAGGAGGAUGGUGGACCCCCAGGACCAGAGCUACUUCCAGUGGGGCCCCAGUGAACCAGUGGUGGGCACGUCAGCCAUCUUCCAGGACAACACCGGAAUCAGCUUUCCGUCUCGCCCGCUGGUGGCCAACAUCACCACCCCUGAGAACCUACUGGCCAUGCAGCAGUACCUGGCUGGACGCAACAGAGUCGGACAGACACAGAUUCCAAGCCUCUGUGUUGUAGACAGCAAUGGAACAUUCUCCUCACCCCCGCUUGUCAAUGGAACAUUCUCCUCACCCCCACUUGUCAAUGGAACAUUCUCCUCAGCCCCCCUUGUCAAUGGAACCAUGUGCUUUACAGACCACAACCAAACCAACUAUUGCGACUUCUAAACAUGAGUCACAUGUUACGGUGUAAAAAUGAUGGACAAAUGAGGAGGAAGCCAUCCAUGCAUCUAUUCAUUCAUCCAUCCAUCCAUCCAUCCAUCCGUACACAUUCAAAGACAACACUCUGCCUUAAGAGCUGUCUCAGGGAGGGUGUCGUGAAGACAAGCCAUCUCCUCGUCAAACACACCAUUCAUCUCCCCAUAUCAGUGUUUGCAGGAAAUACAAGGACUCUUUUGAUUAAGCACUUGUCACUUCUGUCAGCAAUGGAACAAAAAGCAGCAACUUUACAUGGAACUUUUUUAUUUUUUGUCUUCUGUUUUGUUUGUUGUUGCCUUGUCUUUGGUUUUAUUACUGUGGAAAAACAGUAUCUGUCACAACUUCAAUGAUAGGAAUGAAGUAUGAAUCCUCACUGGUGAAUUUGGCUUGUGUUGUAAUGGCUUUUUAGAGUCAUGCCCAAUUCCUAAAAUGAUUUAUAUAUAUAUAAAUGAAGCAGGCCGUA